AUGGCCAAAGUUGCCAUGCCCAAGCUUGCUGCAGCUAUCUCAAAAGCAGGAGGUCUAGGAUUUAUUGCUGCGGGUUAUCAUAGCGAUCAUCUUGAAGAUUUGCUGGAGGAGGCCGAAGAUCUGCUCCAGGAAGGCACUGCGGAAACUCCGACCAAGGUUGAGGAAGGAACCCCGAGGUUCCUGCCGGUCGGGAUUGGCUUCAUAACGUGGAGUGCCUCCUUGGAGAAGGCCCUCCCCUCCUUCUCCAGAUACUGCCCUGCUGCUGUUUGGCUAUUUGCCCCGCCGCAGGGCUUCAGGGACUUAAUUCCCUGGGCCACUCGUAUUAGAGAGGCCACAGCAUGUAGGACCAAGAUCUGGGUCCAAGUCGGAUCUGUCUCAGAUGCGGUGGAGGUGGUCGAGGCUAUCAACCCGGAUGUCAUCGUCGUCCAGGGACUGGAUGCCGGUGGGCAUUCACUAGCCCGAGGAGCCAGCAUAAUUUCUCUUGUGCCAGAAAUCAUGGACAAACUCCGAGAGCUUCGGCCUUUCCCUCAUAAGCAAAUUGAUGUCCUUGCUGCUGGUGGAAUCAGUGACAGCCGAGGUGUCGCCGCCGCUGUGGCACUUGGCGCCCACGGGUGUGUGUUGGGAACGCGGUUUCUCGCUAGUCCCGAAUCCUUGGUCGCUCAUGGCUAUCAAAAGGCGUUACUCGAUGCCUCAGAUGGAGGAACCAGCACAGUUCGGACCACGAUCUACGACAAAGUUCGCGACAUUCAUGGAUGGCCGGAGGGCUACGAUGGCCGCGGUCUUAUCAACAAAACCUUUGUUGACCAUCUUAGUGGUCUCAGUGAGGUGAAAAACCGAGAGCUGUAUCGUGAGGAGCUAAACCGUGGAGACCAAGGAUACGGGGUGAAUGGGAGACUUACAACAUAUGCGGGAACUGGAGUUGGACUCAUUAGGGAGGUUAUUCCUGCUGGUGACAUUGUCAAAUCUUUGCGCGAAGGCGCUCGCGCCUUGCUCUAUGGACAGAAUUAUGUAUCUAAACUUUAG